CGAAAUGCUUUCUUUAGCUCUAGAACCUGAAGCAGCUUUCGUUUACUGCAGAGAAUCCUUUCCUUGCAUUGGUAAAGAAGGAACGAGAUUUAUUGUUCUUGAUCUCCGUGGUGGUACGGCGGACAUAACAUGCCACAAAGUUGUAGAUGGUGGGCUAAAGGAGCUAAAAAAACCGGAAGGGGGAGGGUUUGGAGGGACGGACGUGGACGCAAAAUUUAAAAGACUCCUCGUAGAUAUCUUUGGUUUCGCAGCAGUUAAAUCUUUUAAAGAAAAAUACUUGAACGAGUGUUGGGAAAUGUUGGCCGACUUUGAGAUGUCCAAAAGAAAAUUUGAUGGGAAUGAUCAACUGAUAGUAACUUUUUCUGCGCGACUUUAUGAAAUAUAUGGAGAACAUGAAAGUAUCGAUGACGUUUUGCAGAGAGCAGGCUGCUCUGAAGACAUCAAAAUAAAACGCGGCAAAAUGCAUAUUUCAAAAGACAAAGGACAAUGGAUAUUUGAUGAAACGAUAGAUCAAAUUAUCGAAAGAACGCAAUCACUUAUAAACAUGCUUGAAAAUGUUGACUACAUAGUAUUAGUUGGCGGGUUUUCGGAGUCAAAAUACUUUCAAACGAGAAUGAAAGCGGAAUUUGGGGAUAAAGUUGUAGCGCCAACAGCAUCAAAAUCUGCUGUUAUGAAAGGUGCCGUGUUGUUUGGUCAGAGUCCAGCUUCUAUACAAACAAGAGUAUCAAAGUAUACCUACGGUAUCGCAACUAUGGAACAUUUCAAGCCUGAAAUACAUUCAGAAAAUAAACUUAUCGUGAUUGAUGGGUUUGAGUAUUGCGAUGACAUCUUUGAAAGACUUGUGACUAUUGGACAAGAGAUAACUGUCGGACAAUACAUGAAAGAGAUGACUUAUUACCCAAAUAUAGAUGAUCAGGCGCAUUUUGUCCUGCAAGUGUUCGCGAGCUCUGUUGAGAACCCAAAGUACGUGACGGAUGAAGACUGUCAGCAGAUUGGCUUGUUGCUUGUGGAAAUAGACACAGGGGGCAACAGAGACUUUGAAAUCAAAGUACAACUGGUAUUUGGUGGGACCGAGAUACAGGUUGAAGUCUGGGAUGGACACGGAAACUUGAUUAAAGACGCGAGGAUGGACUUCUUAGGCUAGUUCAGCCAGUGUAACCUGGGUGAAUUAUCUGAUUCUUGGUGUAUUUUGACAGAAUUUGUUUUCCUGAUCAAUCUCGAUAUAUUUUAAGCAUGCUGAUAGGAUCACCUUUACUCAAGAAAAUUUAUUCAAAGUAUUUAUGUUAAUAGCAGCAAAAACACGAACACAAAUAUUUGUUUGUCAACACUAGAUGGACUUUUCAUGUCUAUGAGAAAUCUCACCAAAAAGGCAAUACUAGUUCCUGU